AUAUCUCUUUACAUAUUUGUUCUUAACCAAUUUUUAUUUGUCUGAAAAAGAUGAGUGUUUCAGAAAUGUGUCGUGUGUCUUGGAAUUUUGUGUUAAAUAGGAUAGUUGAGAAACCAGCAUGACUUGAUUGCAGAUGAUUACAGCCCAUUGCGUUUGGUUCCUGCAGUUAUAAGACCAUGCUGUCGUGCUGGGAGAGUGACCCGAAGGCACGGCCGACCUUUUCUGAGCUUGUGGAGCGGCUGGGGGAUCUGCUUCAAGCCAGCGUGCAGCAGGAUGGAAAAGACUACAUUCCCCUCAAUCCCCUCCUGACAUCAAGCAGCCCCGCUGCCUGCUCCACCUCCUCAUCCUCACACCGCUCUGUGGGGGAAGAGGCUCAGGACUCGGACUCCACGCUCAGCUAUGAGUGCUCAGGGGGCUUUGGGUACAUGAACACACGGAGCGCGCAGGAGUUUAAAACAUUCGAAGAGCUCUCGCUGAGGGACAGAGCACCCCCUGAUCAGGAUUACCAGACGGACAGUGGGAUGGUCCUGGCCUCUGAAGAGUUCAAGUGUCUGAUGUGGAGCAGAGACAAGCCGAAACACGCCUCCUCCCAUUCCUUUGGAUUGAACGCCGCAAGCAAACGCAAGGAGUCCGUUCAGUCAAACGCGUACAUCAGCAGCUGUGCUCUCAGGGAGCAGGACUGUGGAGCAGCCUCCUGCAGCAGCUCCAUGCAGGAACCCUGCUGGUCCCCACCCCCUGAUUACAACGCAGCAGUCUACUUCUACCCAUCACUAUAAGAACCAGACCUUUUUUAUUUCCCUUUUUAUAAACAUGCAUUUCUAAGUUAUGUGUUUUAGUAACACUGGCUUCUGGGACCACUGCCUGACUGGAACAACUGCUUUUCAUGCUGCGGUUUCUUUAAGGGUCAGAGAACAUCCUCUCUCUCCUGAUGGUGUUGCUUUGCUGUGCAAUCUUGCUUUCUUGUUGGCACAGUAGUCUGUAGUCCAAGCUAGCGCAGUUCUGGAUUUCUCUGUUGAUUCCUUGAGGUAAUUUUAGCUCAGUGAUGUCUUCAGGGUCAAAGUGUGUUACUGGGGAAUCAGCUAGGUGAUUACUGACAGUACAGAAGCUGCUGAAGGACAUUUUCACUGAGCAGCUUGUAAACAGAGCUUGUUACCCUAGUGUGGAACCAAAUACAUUUCAAGAUGAAAAUGCAUAUGAUAGAAAAUGUGUCUCUUUCAAAACUGCACGCUUGAGACGUGUGAAGCUAAUGAAUGUGCUGCAUGGUUAUAAUUCAUGGAAUAUUUUUGUUAUUCAAAACCACUUUUUGACCAGAGAUAAAGACAGUGUUGUCUUGGAGUUGGUUAGAUUCAGUUUGCUGAUUGGGGGCAGGGGGACAGAAACUCAAUUUUCUCAUGAUAUUUAGUAAAGAGUAAGCCGUUUCAAAUGAUGUUUUAUUUUUGAUCGUUGCCUAGCUGUUUUAUGGUGUUUGCCAAUCUUUCUGAGUUGUCGCUCCAAUAUAACUUUUUUUCUUCUUUUACUUGUCUUUGAAUCCAGUUAUGGAUUCCAAACUGGGUCUUUGUGAACGCUGAGCAGGCGGGGCUGGCAGAGUUGAAAGGUCACAUUGUCAUGUUUUUGAAUGAAAUGAGGGAAGGGUGUUCAUUAACCCAUAAACUAGUAAAAGAAAAUAAAAAUGUUAUUUCAUUUGAAGCUACUUACUCAUUUAUUGUGUUGAAAAUCAGGUUAUGCAAAGUGUUCAAAACAAGAUAAGGGGCAGUGGAUGUGAACCUCUUUCAAAAGCUUUCUUAAAGUACAGGGUGAUUAGAUAGGAAAUUUACCACAUCAACGCACCAUAUCAUUGAUGUGGUAAACUCACUGUCUAAUCACCCCGUCCAUUGUCAAUGGAACUCGUUUGUAUUGCUGUUUAGUAAGCAUGGCUCAGCCUGGAUAAUAUAUAUUACAACUGCAGUACAGCUACUAAGCAUUGGAUUAUCUGCGCUUAAUGUUUUAUAUUUUUAUACAAGAAAUAAAAGUGAUGUGCUGUUAGGGCAGAUUAUAAAAGUAACUCAGUAGCUAUUUUACUUUUAAGUUUAUAAUAUCAGUAUUAUUGUGUAUAGGAACAAAAUUAUUUAAUUUUUUAAAAAGUAUAUUUAAUAAUAAAAACAUGUACAGAGACUUUGGAACUCGACCAUGUGUUACCUCUAUUCUCGCAUUGUAUAUAAUGCAGUAUAUAAGCAUAUGUACAGCGACAGACACCAGCCAAGGCUUAGCAUACAUCAUUACAACCUGUGAUCAUAUACAGUAUAGGUCCUCGUUCGAAAUGUGGACACACACACUAUAUGGUGCAUUGAACUAUCAAAUGUUCUCAAUAUUUAGAAGGAAACACUAUGAACUCCUCUCGUAUUUAAUGGUAUACAAGACGGCAACAUCUUUAGAUGAUGUUUCUGUGCUGAAUUGUAGUCAGUUCUCUUCAUGGCUCAGCCCAGGCUGCGGGUUAAGGCUGCAUACUUAGUUGCCCACGGAAGUAAUGUCACCGCAGCAAAAAUAAAGUGGGGACGGAUGCACAUCUUUACCACAGCCACAGCUCUGAAUAUAUCAAUAGAGCUGAUCAGUAAAUACCAUGAAGUGGGCGCAUCACUCAUGGGAUCAGUCAGCUACCUUUAGCAGAGGCUGGGUAUGUAACCGACAGUCUGGAUGCACCACAUCUGUCACUUUUGUUUGCAAUGGUAACUUAUGGAGAAGAAACAGACAUGGAACCAAUACCAAACUGCAGGGUGUCCAGUAAUGCUGUAAAGCCCACUGCCUGUGUAUUUCAUUAUAAAAUCACUUCAGAAAUCAACCUCUAGUAAGGGUU